AUGGUCGCUUGGAGAGCUGCUGGAAUUAACUAUGUACGCUUUUCUCAGAUUGCAGCGGAGGUUAUAAAGAAGUGCACCAAACCGACUGGUAAAAGUGGUGAAACAAGGGCAGCUGCAUCAGCUACUUUGAAAAUGUCUGCUUGGGAGAGUGGCAAAGCUGUCAAGAAGCUCUGA